AGCCCUCGAUUUACGCGUUACGUCUUUCCUUUUCUUCUUCUGCGUUUUUGCUGGAUGUCCUACCGUUGUGAUUGACUUCUCUGUCCAUUGGCUUCCUUCGCGCGACACGUGUCUUCAACCCCCUCAAACGUGUGUUUCCUCCUUCUCUCUACCCCCUUCAAAACGUUGUACAUCUAUCAUCUACGUGCGAUCGUUUCCCUUACAUCGGUAUCUGUUCCACCUUUGUUUUUUUUUCCUCGCUUCACUCGUCAGUUCUUUACGGGUCUUUCUUCGCGGCUGUUGCCGGCUCGUUCGGCAGGCUAUUCCGCGUGCUCCCCUUCUCUCUCUUCCCGUUUUUUUAUUAUUGAUUUGUUUUACGCGGGAUUGCAAGAGUGGCUUCUGUUUUCCUUUCGAACUCCCCUCCGACACACAAGCAAACUAACGACCCUGCCCGCGGCAGCGGUGAGAUGAGUCUCUACGGAAACGCGGGAUGGCGUUACGGAGAACAAAAUGGCUCGCAGAACGGCUCCUUCUACGGAGUACACAAUAGCUGUCCAUAUAUGCCGGUGACCUACGGGGGCAGCAUGCGCGGCGCCAACAACUCCUUUUACGGUGCACUCCAGCGCAAGAGCAGCUUUUACGCGGACAUUCCACAAAGCGGUGCCUCAUCUUUUCUUCCUGCACCCACGCCGACGGUGGCGCUCGGCACUGUGGCGCAGACCGCCAACGACGGUGCGGCUACGUCGAACGCGUCGAGCUACUACGACUCCGUGUUCGAUAGUAACGCCACAGAGGAGCCGGUCGCUCCCCCGCCGAACGAUGCGAACUCGCAGGACACGCCGCCGCCGCUUCUGCGCCGAAAUUCCUCCAGUCGACUGUUGCGACGGAAAGUGAGUUUCUCCGGUGUGCCGCCGACGCUGCCGCCGGAGGUGGAGCCGCCUGUGCUGGCGCCGACAGUGAAACGCAUGGGCACGCGUCGACUGAGCAUCUCCCCCUCCGAGUUAAGCGUUGGAAAUGAAGCAGGACAGCAGCAGUUUCCGUCCUCCCGACAGGCACCGCCACCGCAUCUGGAGCGACCACCGCUUCAGCAACCGCUUCUAUAUGCGCCGCAACCACUACCACCACAACGACCUGUACACAAUGGCGAGCCACCGCAGUACGUUGAGCAACAGGCGCCGUACAGCGCACAGGAGCCACCGUAUGUGGAGCAGCAACUUGCACACGACCCGUCGCAGCAGCAACCGUAUGUUGCCGACCAGUGUCCCCCGUACGGUAAACCACCACAAGCACAACAAGAGGAAAAGCUGCCGCAGCUGGCAGAAGAGGCAUCGCAGGAGGGAGAGGAAGUGCUCCAACAGCAACUCGACGACUUUACUGGGGCAAGUACUCCUCAACCGCAGCCUACAUUUGCGACGGGCGGGUUGGUGAGGCGCAGCAACUUCGGCUCGUUCAGUCGGGGUAAUAGUGUGCUGGUGCUUCCCCAUCUCAUUCGUCGUCCGCCCACCGGGUACGGGCCGUUCAUGCCGAAUUACGCAAUGAUGCCCUUUCCGCCUCGUCCGGUGUAUCGGCCUCCCUUUAAUCCGUAUCGCAGUGCUCUUUAUGGCCCUUACAACACCAACAUGAUGCUGUACCAAAGACAAGCUAUGUCAAAUCGUUAUUGA